AUGUGGCGAGGGAAGGAGGGGUGGAGGGGGCUCAUGGAAGAGGGUAGGAGCAUGAGGGAGGGGGAGGAGGGCGAUCGGGGCAGGAGUGAAAGUGGGUUGGACAGGAGAAGUGAUAUUGAAGCGGAUAAGAAGAAGAAAUGGAAGGGAGAGGAGGAGGAGAAGGAAGAGGGCAGAGGGGAUGGGGAAGGAGCCGAGAAACUGAUGGCGUUGAGGGAGGGGGAGGAGGUGAGGGAAGGCGUGGAGAGGCUGAUGGGCAAGUACCCUGUGAUGGUGUGCGCCUGUGCAACGCCUCCAAGUAGCAGUGUCGGCACGGGCAGCACGGCUGGCAGCUGGCAGUGCUCUCGGACCUUCUUCCCCCCUGUGGCAGUCUUCCACACACGCCACCCCUCUGGUCCCCCUCUGCUGCACGAGCUGAGGGCGGUUUAUGGCCGAGUGCCAGCGCUGGUGGAGCUCAGUGUGCAGGCACGGGCGCCUGUGCCGGAGAAAUGGAGGAGGUAG